AUGUCAGGCACAUCAGGACUAUUUCCUAUGAAUGCUGACCUUCUCGAAAGCGGUCAAUACAGCGAACUGACUCUGAAAACGUCCGAUGGCAAGGUUUAUAAGCUUCAUCGCAGUGUCGUCUGUCUGCAGUCUAAGCCGCUUGCUGCAUUCGUGGAUGGGAACUUCAUGGCAAGUGAAAAGAACGAUGAGCUAACAGAUUUCAAGGAGGGAAUUACAAAGACCAUCGAUCUCAAGGAUGACGACCCCCGUACUGUGGAUCUAUUUAUCAAGUUCUUAUACACCGCCGACUACGAUGUCUUACAAGCGCCAGAAACAAGUCACGAUCCUACCGUGGUUCACACAACUGAGCCAGACGAACUUCUCGUCCAUGCCAAGGUCUAUAUUCUCGCGGAGAAAUAUGAUGUUUCGGCCCUCAAAUUUAUCGCAAGCAAGAAGUUUCAGCUUUCUUUGAAGUUGUGUGGAAUCUCAGACUCAUUUGUCACAAGUCUCGAGUUGAUGUUCACUCAGACUCCCGAAAACGAUCGCCUACUCAAGGAUUUGGCUUUGGGGUUUGUGGGAAAAAAUUACUGGAAGCUUGCAGAUAGAGGGGACUUUAUGGCAUUGUGCAGGCAUAAUGGGGAAGUAGCCAGUGAGGUGAUCAAGGCAAUUGCUAGCAUUCCUCCACCUAAACCUCUACGCAAAGACUGCUCGAGCAGGGAAUGCAGAGAUUAUCACGAUUUUUAUGUUUAUCCUACCCCAAUCGCGCAGGCAGAAAGAGGUUUUUACACUUGU